AUGGGCCCUGCAUUGAACGGUUUAGCGUGUUACAGACAUAAAUUUAACAGAUCAGAUGAAGUCUUCUUCGUUGAUGCAUUUCGGCUGUCUCCUUUUCCUUCUGAAGCUGCAGCACAGCUGCAAACCCUAACAACAAUUGGAGAUUUUGCUGCGUUUGAUGUACUAGGAGCUGCUUCUGCUCUCUUUGAAAGGGGGCACAUAGAGUUACAGGGUCAAACCCUAUACUCUUCUCUUGGACGAAUAGCUUCAAUGUACGGCGAUAUAACAUAUGAUAUAACAACAGAGAAGGGGUUUGCUCUAGAGUUAAGUAAACUCUUCAAAAAUGUUGCUCAAACCCUAGGCAUUCACCUGCAGGUGGAGGAGCGUUUGGAAGCAGCGAAGCGUAUAAAGGAGUUAUACGGCUUCCGGAAGGCAGCGAAAGUGAAGGGUGUAGCAGCAGCAGCAGCAGCGCUUGACCGAGCAGCAGCAGCAGCAGCAACUGGAAGCAGAAAAGGAUCAGUAGACCCUUGGGAGAGGAUUUGGGGUGUACAGACAGAUGCAGAUGUUGCACUUAAAUGGCUGCAGCACCAAACAAAGCCCCAAGGCAUCGAUCCUGCUCUCUUAAGGGCUGAGUUUGUUGCUGUGUUCCCAGAAGCAGGGCCAGUGGUGCAGCAGCAUGGAGAGAUAGAGAUUCCGCCGUCUCCUAGAGCGCCUCCUGGCUUCUUCACGAGGGUUUGGCAUUAUAUCGCUGGAGAGCCGCCGCCGCCCCCCCCGAAGAAAAUCCCUGACCCGCUGGAGGUGUCUAUACACCCUAUUAGUGCUGCUGCUUAUCUGUAA